AUGAUAGCAGGAAGACAAGGUGUAGAAGCCGUAUUGCGCGCAUCACUGGUCCAUGUGCCUGAAAAUGCAUUCAGUUUAGCGGCUAUUCGUAAGACGCUGCUGAAGCAACAACAACAUAAUGCAGCUGAUGUGGAACGUGCCUUGUCUGUCUUAUUUCCAGGGCCUGAUCCGGCACCCACGUCAGCGCCUCGGCGCCUUUUCCAAGCCUGGGAUGACAGGGCAACAAUGCAUGUGAAUGGAGUGUUUGAAGAAAAAGAAAAGAAUAGCAUGGAUGUGACAGUGCAAUGGCUUUGCGAUCGCUUAGCAUACAAUGAUCCAGUGAGACCACAUUUGCUGCCCGUUCUGAAGCUGCUUACCUCGGAUGCUUUAUUCCCCAACAUUCCUUAUUUUGCAUGUCUACCGCUAUCAUUCCGUCUUCCAAAUCCAGGGCCAGUUAUGGCUCGCGCUGCACAAAUAGCAGACGAUGCAUGUAACACUACAGGACUUGUUAGUGCCAAAGGAAUUGAAUGGUAUGCUACUCGCUCACGCUUGGCCUUUGCAUAUGUUGCAUCUGAACUUGUGUAUGCAACGCAACUGGAUUUAAGCACUGAAAGUGUUGCAGAUUUGCUCAAGCGUAUUGUCUAUACACCUGGUGCAUAUGAGCUCGGCAAUCAUGGUAUGCGCAGUAUUCAUCAAUGGGCUGAAUGGGGUGGUCGAGGCUGGCUAGGUAUCUUGCGAAGCUGGAAUCUAUGA